CCAAAUAGGGGCGGGUUUGAAUAAAUCGGUGAAUAUAAAACUUUGAUCGCCCUGCUCACAUGGGUUGAGUCAAUGCCAUCUUGGGGAAGUUAUCAAACAUAAGUAGACAGUUAAUCAACCAGAAGUUUCCAUCUCAACACAAUGGCCUCCGCAGAACUUGCACUGUUGAGUGUGUCUGACAAGAAUGGACUGCUGGAUUUUGCCAAACGUUUGGUGAAUGUUGGACUUUCUCUCGUCGCUUCGGGGGGCACCGCCAAAACCCUGCGUGAUGCUGGACUAGCUGUCAGGGAUGUAUCUGAGCUCACGGGACACCCUGAGAUGCUGGGAGGGCGAGUGAAGACCCUCCACCCGGCCGUGCACGGAGGCAUCUUGGCCCGCCGUACCCCCUCAGACGAGGCCGACAUGGAAAAACUGGGCUACAGUCUGGUCCGGGUGGUGGUGUGUAAUCUCUACCCGUUCGUGAAGACCAUCUCUGUCCCCGACGUGACUGUGGAGGAUGCAGUGGAGCAGAUAGAUAUUGGAGGCGUUACCUUGCUCCGCGCGGCGGCCAAGAACCACGCCCGCGUCACCAUCGUGUGCGAUCCCGCCGACUACCCGCUGGUUGCCGCGGAGAUGGAGGGGUCGGAGGGCAAGGACACCUCCUUGGAGACCCGUAAGACUUUGGCGCUGAAGGCCUUCACCCACACGGCACAGUACGAUGAGGCUAUCUCCGACUACUUCCGCCGCCAGUACAGUUGUGGCGUAUCCCAGCUGCCCCUGCGCUACGGCAUGAACCCCCACCAGGCCCCCGCCCAGCUCUACACCCUGCGCCCCGCCCUGCCACUCACAGUGGUGAAUGGGUCUCCAGGCUUCAUCAACCUGUGUGAUGCUUUGAACGCCUGGCAGCUGGUCAGGGAGCUGAAGGGAGCUCUGGGCAUGCCCGCUGCCACCUCCUUCAAGCAUGUCAGCCCUGCUGGGGCUGCGGUGGGCGUUCCUCUGACUGAGGAUGAGGCCAAGGUGUGCAUGGUGCACGACAUGCUGAGUGACCUCACCCCACUGGCCACAGCAUACGCCAGGGCCCGAGGUUCAGACAGGAUGUCCUCGUUUGGUGACUUCAUCGCAGUGUCUGACGUGUGUGACGUCCCCACGGCCAAGAUCAUAUCCAGAGAGGUGUCCGAUGGCAUCAUCGCCCCCGGUUACGAGGAGGAGGCUCUCAGGAUUCUGUCCAAGAAGAAGAACGGGAACUACUGUGUUCUCCAGAUGGACCCAGCCUACGAGCCGGACGAGGCCGAGGUGCGAGUGUUGUUCGGCCUCCACCUGAAGCAGAAGAGGAACGCGGCGCUCGUAGACAAGCAGCUGUUCACCAACGUCGUGUCCAAGGGCUCUCUGUCAGGGAAUGCUGUGCGUGACCUCAUCGUGGCGAGCAUCGCCGUCAAGUACACCCAGUCCAACUCUGUGUGCUACUCCAAGGACGGCCAGGUGAUUGGCAUUGGGGCGGGACAGCAGUCUCGCAUCCACUGCACGCGCCUAGCGGGCGACAAGGCCGACAACUGGUGGCUGAGGCACCACCCGCGCGUGCUGGGAAUGCGCUUCCGGAGCGGCGUGAAGCGGGCCGAGAGGGCCAACGCCAUCGACCAGUACGUCAGCGGCACCAUCGGAGAGGGCCCAGACCUGGCGGUGUGGAAGGCCAUGUUUGAGGAGGUUCCAGAGCCCCUGUCUGAGACGGAGAGAAACAACUGGAGGAGCUCCCUGCAGGCUGUGGCCCUCAGCUCCGAUGCCUUCUUCCCCUUCAGGGACAACGUGGACCGUGCCAAACAGAGUGGUGUGGAAUACAUCGCUGCUCCGUCCGGCUCCACGGCUGACGAGGUCGUGAUCAACGCCUGCAACGAGCAGGGCAUCACUCUGGUGCACACCAACCUGCGCCUGUUCCACCACUGAACACACACACACCAAGGCUUCACAUACUCAACACUACGAUAAAUCAACACGCGCACACACAAGCUUUCACAAGAUACUUCAUUUUGACGUUGAUUUAGUGACACACUUGAAACAUUACAGUGACAUGCACAGAAGGGUGUUCAUGUUGCACUCAACGCACACUCCUCCUCAUUCCUGGCGAGCGAUUGCAGUCGCAGCUACUGAAAUUGUUACUCUGAUAGGUCAAAGGUUGUUAUACUAGACAAAUAAACAAAGAUGCAAGUCUUGUAUCUUGCUGAAAAA